CAUCAAGGGAUAUCCGCCGGUGGCUAUCAUUCUCAGCCAGUGAUUGGAACCUGACGAAUGGUAUGGAUUCCUGUUCCUGUGACGCUUUUCCCACACUUUAUUUGCGCCCUUCCUUGGCUUGUAAGGUUUAAAAACCCUGAGUCUACCUAUACAUUCUCCAGUCAAACCCCCCGAUUACUAUCACCUAUCCUGCACCUGGUGAAUUGGGAUAUAUCUAGUGCUGUGGACCGUAUACGUGGUUCUAGAAAAGUGUUGAAAAUUGUUGGGAGAAGCUCCAUUGCAAUAACUCGCCAUAAUCUACACUUGGUCUGCUCGUGGGGAAAUGUCGGUGACCAUGCUGAGGGGGUUGGGCAUCAACGAGUAACUUUUGGAGACUACCGUCAAUAGGGAAAUUCGGGUUGCC